AUCAUGAAAGCAGAGCGGAUCGGCGUUGACAUUCCCGUGUAUGACCUCUCACUGAUCCGAGAUCUAUGGGAGGGACGCGUGAAGAAACACAAGCAGCGACAGAAGAAGGAGGAAGAGCGGAUCAGUAAAAGUGCUCUGGUCAAGUGAGGAUGAGGAGCAGAAUCUAGAGCUGGACUGUUCAGUUCUGACCUGAAACUAAACACACAAACACACCGAAUCAAGAUAACAUGAUCAUAACAGACAGCUGUGUUUGAUCAGGACUGGAACUAAACCCUGAGGCCAGUUGUUCAAACGUGAUCUGAUCGGAUUGGAUCAAAUCUUGAAAAUGUGUUGUUCAAAAGACAAAAAGGAUUCUGAAUUCAGAUUAGAUCACAAAAUCCAAUCUUGGUUUUGAUCUGGAUUCAAUCCUCAGUUUGUGUUGUUCAAAACGUUUUAGUAAGCUUGGGAUACUUUUGAUGCAAAAAAAAAAAAAAAAAACUGGAUUGUUCUGAUCCCAAAAGAAGAGUGGAUUUCAGAAACAAAAAUUUAAUAAAACUUUAAAAUUGGUCCAAAAAAUACAACAUUUGUAACAGGUAAAAUUACUUAAGAUAUUAUGUCUUGUUUUCUAAAACAAACAAACAAAAAAACACACAAACAAGCAAAAAUAUCUGCCAAUGGGGCAAGAAAAAUUAUCUUGUUUAGCCUUUGAAUUAAGAUUAUUUUUGAUAUAUAUAUGUGUGUGUGUGUGUGUGUGUGUGUGUUUUGUCAAGUAAAUGCAUCUUGAUUCAAGAAUUCGUAGAUAUUUAUACUAGAAAACAAGACAAAAAUACUAAGAAAAUGCAAUGCAAAACACACUGGUAUUUUUUCCCAUCAGCAUGUCCCUUUAGGGGCUCCGUAGAGCACUAGAAAUCCAGAAUUGGAAAUCUAAAAAAGUGUGUAUCUGGAUCAGGGUGAUCCAAUCCAGUUUGAAAAACCAGCACAAAAGUAAGAUGGGUUUCCUGAUCCUGGAUAACAAAACAUGGGAUUCACAAAUCCAGAUCAUUCUGAUCCAGAUUAAACUUCUUGAACAACUGAACCCUGAUCAUCAUCAUUUUUUGCAGCGCUGCUCUAGAGAAACCGCUUAUGUUCCCAUUAAAAAGCAAAGUAUUAGGCGAUCAGAUAUUUCUGGGAUUGUUUGCAGGGUGAAUCAGCAGUGGCAGUAUCGCAUCGCAUGCAGAAAGCUGAAGAGCGCUGAGGUCACGGCGCUGCAGUGUUAUCUGGAGAGAUCAUCGCUCAGCGAAACACACCUCCUGCCCUCCGAUGACGAGGAUAAUGACGCAGACAACAAGAAGUUCAUUUUUGAGCUGAAAGGAAAAAAAUGGAUGAAAUUACCUGAAGAUCUUCAGUAUAUGACUUAUCUCAAGGAAUGGCACAUCCACGGAACCAGGAUUCCCGAGAUUCCCACUUACAUCGAGGCGUUUGUGGAUCUGCAAGUACUGGACGUUCCCAAAAAUGGACUGACGAAGCUUCCUACUGAAAUAGGGAAACUGAUCAACCUGAGAGUAGUAAAUGUGAAUUAUAAUAAACUGUUAAGCAUUCCACCUGAACUCGGAGAAUGUGAGAAUCUGGAACGAUUAGAGAUGACAGCAAACGGAAACCUGGCUGAGCUUCCCUUUGAGCUGAGAAAUCUCCAAAAAUUGACGCACUUGGACAUGGCGGAGAAUCAGUUUGCCAGUAUUCCUGUCUGUGUGCUUCGCAUGGAAAACCUGAAGUGUCUGGACAUCAGCAACAACAGACUCACAGACCUGCCGGAGGAUAUCGACAGGCUCGAGUCAUUAGAGAUGCUGUUCCUUCACAAAAACAAGGUACGAUACGUGCCGAUGACCAUGACGAACCUCAUCCAUCUGAAGAUGCUGGUCAUCAGCGCAGACGAGCUGUACAGCAUCCCGUCGCAAUUAGUCGACAAUCCUAACAUCAAAUUAAUCCGAUUAUAUGACAAUCCAAUAAAAACUGACAAUGAAGACAUGAACGAGAUCGACAUAGACACAGAAGCUCAGGACGAGCGUGACAAGGAGUUCAUGAAGACAUACAUCGAGACUCUUCAAGACAGAGACACUCAGCCGGCAUACACCACUAAAGUCUCCCUCAGCUGCCUGCUGUAGAACCAGAUGACUGUAAAUAUGACACAAUCAUCUGCUUCAGAAUGACACCGAUUGAUAUCAGUGUGCUUCAAUUGAGGUCUAUUUAUUAGUUUUCUCAUUCCGAGUUAAAUUAAAACUGAAAAGCAGGUUACACUGGAUGAUAAGCUGUUAGUAUCUAAAGGGUUUGGGUUUCUUCUGUAGCAGCGUUUAUUAUUAUUUAAGAAAAACAGCUGGGAGUUUGUAGGCUUGAAGAUUAUAUUUUCCUUUUUGACUGCAUUUAUCAUUCUUACAAGUUCAAACUAGUUCAAAUCUGAUCCCAAACCCAUUUUGAUUUGGUUUUCUGUGAAGAUUUCCAUCGUUUAGUUUGCUUGAUGUGACCAAACGUUUCACAGCAUGCUGAUAAUGAAUUUUUAAAUUUUUCUGUCUGCAAGUCAAUGUUUUAUAAGAGUGUCAUUUUAAUUUAUUGUAAUUAAAUAAAUCAAAAUUCCAAUUUUCAA